AAGUUUGACACUAAGGGGACUUCUUACAUUGCAGGUAUCCUUGGCUUGCGCAUCGUGUCACUGGACGUGCCUCAGCGUGUGAGCGUGGGCCGGGAAGCGUUGCUAAAGUGCGCCUAUGACCUCGAGGGGGACCUUCUGUACUCUGUGAAGUGGUACAAGGACGACAUCGAGUUCUUCAGAUACGUUCCCUCCGAUAGGCCACCCGGCCAGUACUUCGAAGUGAACGGCAUUCGAGUAGACAUGCUUCGCUCAGUAAACGGCAGCGUGUUCAUCCGCGGCAUGGAUGCCGCUUCGGAGGGCACUUACAAAUGCGAAGUCUCCGCGGAUGCACCCUCGUUCCAGACAAUCUUCGCCGAGAAGAUGAUCAGGGUGGAC